AUGGAGAAGCAGACGCAGGCGAUAGCAAAAUCCAUCACGAACACCGGUGAUAAGAUUCGCCACGCCAAGCUUGCGAAGGCGAAGACGACGGAGGAGGCGCAGGUCAUCACAGCCGCGGCCAAUCGCGCCGUGGCAGCCGUAGAAGAAGAGGUCGGAAGAGCGUUGCGUUUGAACAACACCAGCAACGACAAGAAAAAAGUGGGAAAAACCUACAGCUUCCACCUCUAUACAGUUAUUUUGCUUAUGCUUGGGGCGUACUUUGUGGGUGUUUGCUGUAGGGUCGGGUACAAUGAUGGAAAACCGCUAGAGUGGCCCCCAUACCUGAAAGAAAUGGUGGACCGCGUAGACAAUUGCACGUACAUGAUCAUGGAUGCCGUCUGGCGUUUCGUAGAGGAUGUGCUUCCGCUAAUGGGAGGGACUGGGAUGAACGGAAAAGAGAGUGUGGUGGCGCGGUAG